UCGGCGAGCAUAGAGGCAGUUAAUAAAGACUUAUUACGUCAUUUAACUCGCUGUCGUCGGUCGUCUACGACAACGAACGUUUGCAAUUUCCAUUGUAUUGUACAGUGACACCACCGCAGCAAAAUGACGCUGAAAGCUGAUCUAGGAACCGAGGAGGACGUAGUAAAGACGCUGUAUAGCCAGGGGCGAUGGCAAUUGCCGCUCGGCAAGCCAGGUAGGCAACAUUCGGAGCGUCAUGGAGCAAGGCGACAUUAGGAAACCAUCCUGAAGCGAAGACACGUACGGCAGUGGCAUAACUAAAGACUGUGAGAAUGCGAAAAAGCCCACAAGGCGGUGUGCCCAAAACUGCGUGUACCAUCAAUAUUUUAGAGAAUAGUGCAUGUUCAGUGUCGAGGUCGCGGUAAAUAACGACCUAAAUAAAGUUGCUGGUCAAGGACAACGGACGUUUGCACUAAAUAUUAAUGGAUACACAUACAAUUUCUUAAUAGAGGAUAAUGAAUAUUACAUACAGUGAUACGAGAACGUUGAAUCAACUAGAACUAUGUAGAACUACUUAGCUUCCCACAUGCAAAUAGCCUUUGAGCUAAGAAUAUCUAACAUGAGUAAAAAAAAACAAGCGUUUGCACUGAAUAAUCCCAAAAAACCGUUAGUGGCAAGCUACAGCAAUAAUAAAGCGCGGUAAUAUUAGAGCUUGGCGCGGGUUUUGUUUAAAUGUAUUAGCAGACGACGCGUACUUGACAAAAACAAGUCGGCACGGUGUUGUAAACACACGCAUAGUGGAAAUUUAUGUAGACCACUAGGUGAUUUACGUUUAGGAGAAGACCACAAAGUGAUUACCGGUUUGAUAAUUAAUAGCAAAGAGUCUGACGCCUUUCGUCAAUCUGCAGUGAUGGAUCAUUCAGAUUUAUACGAUGAGUUUGGCAAUUACAUUGGUCCCGACCUCGAGUCGUCGUCUGAAGAGGAGGAAGACGAACGCGAUGAGCCAGAUGAUGAUGACGACGUCGGUAAAGGAGACGCCGAUGAAGAAGUUACAGAGGAAACUAUGCAGAUUGUUCUUCACGAAGAUAAGAAAUAUUAUCCUACUGCAGUUGAGGUAUACGGCGAGGACGUAGAGACGAUUGUACAGGAGGAAGAUGCUCAACCACUUACAGAACCGAUUGUGCAGCCCAUCAAACAGAAGAAAUUCGCUCACAGCGAGCAAAAUUUGCCAGAUACAACGUACGAUCUUGAGUUUCUUGCUGACCUCAUGGACACGCCGGAGCUGAUCCGAAACGUGGCGUUGAUCGGGCAUCUGCAUCAUGGCAGGACAACAUUCGUCGAUUGCCUUAUCGAGAAGACGCACCCCCAUUUUCGAGCCAGGGAGGGUCGCAGUCUGCGCUUCACCGAUACCCUGUACACAGAACAAGAGCGUGGUGUAAGCAUUAAAAGCUCGCCUGUGUCACUUGUUUUGCAAGAUGUGAAAAGCAAGUCAUAUCUCAUGAAUUUGCUGGAUACUCCAGGCCAUGUCAACUUUUCGGAUGAGGCGACCGCAGCUCUUAGGCUGUGCGACGGCGCGGUUCUAUUUGUCGACGCGGCUGAGGGAAUUUGCUUGCAAACAGAGCAGAUACUUAAACACUGUAUCCAGGAGAAAGUUCGGGUCAUUCUAUGUAUUAACAAAAUCGAUCGGCUGAUGCUUGAACUUAAGCUGCCUCCAGCCGAUGCUUACUACAAGCUACGUAACGUUAUCGAGGAAAUCAAUGCGUUAAUCGUACUUUAUUCCGAAGAACCCGAAGAAAGGCUUCUUAAUCCAUUAUUAGGUAACGUAUGCUUCGCUUCCUCUCAAUACGACCUUUGCUUUACUUUGAAGUCGUUCGCCAAAAUGUACGCCGAUACACAUGGUGGCCUCGAAUAUAAGGAGUUUGCUCGCCGGCUUUGGGGCGACAUGUACUUCAGUGCUAAAACUCGCAAAUUCAGCCGUAAACCACCGCACGGUUCUGCCCAGCGGUCAUUUGUCGAAUUUAUACUUGAGCCGCUAUAUAAACUAUUCGCACAGGUUGUUGGCGAUGUUGAUGGUAAUCUGCCGGGUCUCCUUGAUCAGCUUGGUAUACGUCUUAGCAAGUCUGAAAUGAAGAUGAAUAUUCGGCCUCUUUUACGGAUGGUCUGCUCACGUUUUAUGGGCGACAAUUUUGCUGGUUUUGUCGACAUGCUGGUAGAACAUGUUCCGCCGCCCGAUCGCGUACUUUUACCCAGGGCCGAACAAAUUUUCUCAGGUCCAAUUAGCGUAGAGGGUCAAGACGCGCUUUUGGGCAAAUCAAUCCUCAAAUGUGACUCCAAUGGACCUCUGCUGCUUAACACCACGAAGCAGUACUCAUCGCAGGACGCUACUAGCUUCCACGUGUUUGGUCGCGUUUUCUCCGGCACACUAUAUUCAGGCCAACAGGUGCGAGUCCUGGGCGAAGGCUACUCUCAAAUGGAUGAAGAGGAUUCGCGAGUUAUGACUGUAGGUCGAUUGUGGAUUCAUGAAAGCCGUUAUCAGAUUGAGGUGAAUCGAGUGCCGGCUGGAAACUGGGUACUUAUUGAGGGCGUUGAGGCGUCAAUUGUGAAGACAUCAACAAUUGUCGACCUGAAAAUUAAAUGCCCAUUGUACAUUUUCCGACCUCUUAAGUUCCUCACAAAGAGCGUGUGUAAAAUAGCCGUGGAACCGGUGAAUCCGUCGGAAUUGCCCAAAAUGUUAGACGGCCUGCGUAAAGUAAAUAAGAGUUACCCUCUCCUAACUACUAAAGUGGAAGAAAGCGGUGAGCAUGUCAUCUUUGGAACAGGCGAGCUUUAUCUCGACUGUGUAAUGCACGAUCUUCGUAAAAUGUAUUCGGAAAUAGAUAUAAAGGUGGCUGACCCAGUAGUCGCUUUUUGCGAAACCGUCGUCGAAACAUCGUCACUGAAAUGUUUCGCCGAAACACCUAACAAGAAAAAUAAGCUUACAAUGAUUGCCGAACCUCUGGAGAAAGGCAUCGCUGAGGAUAUUGAAACUCAAGUAGUUGAAAUUGGUUGGGACCGAAAACGUCUAGGUGAAUUCUUUCAGACCAAGUAUGAUUGGGAUCUUCUAGCUGCUCGAUCUAUUUGGGCAUUCGGCCCAGAUUCUCAGGGACCGAAUAUCCUUGUAGACGACACGCUUCCUUCUGAGGUAGAUAAGACGUUGUUGUCAUCAGUACGAGACAGCGUCGUCCAAGGGUUUCAGUGGGCUGUAAGAGAAGGUCCUUUAUGUGAAGAGCCGAUUCGUAAUUGUAAAUUCAAGUUGCUUGAUGCUGUAGUGGCGCCGGAGAGUAUCCAUCGAGGUGGGGGUCAAGUUAUUCCUACCGCUAGACGAGUGGCAUACUCGGCCUUCCUCCUGGCUACUCCACGUCUCAUGGAACCAUAUUAUUACGUUGAGGUUCAUGCCCCGGCUGACUGUGUGUCAGCAGUGUACACUGUGCUGGCUCGCCGAAGAGGUCAUGUAACUCAGGAUGCCCCAAUGCCUGGAUCUCCGCUCUACUCAAUCAAGGCUUUCCUUCCGGCUAUUGAUUCAUUCGGUUUUGAGACGGAUUUAAGAACGCAUACCCAAGGCCAAGCGUUUUGUCUGUCCAUGUUCCACCAUUGGCAAAUCGUCCCUGGAGAUCCGCUUGACAAGAGUAUACAAAUACGACCCCUCGAGCCGCAACCAGCGCCCCAUCUGGCUAGAGAGUUCAUGAUGAAGACGCGCCGGCGCAAAGGCCUUUCGGAAGAUGUUUCUAUUAACAAAUUCUUUGAUGAUCCUAUGUUGCUCGAGCUCGCCAGGCAGGAUGUUAUGCUUAACUAUCCGUUAUAAAUUAGGGUCAUAUAGUAGUAGAUUCCAUUCAUUUCAACAGAUUCUCCUGUUGAUUCCGUGGGUGGAAAGUCUUGUAAAAAGUGUAACGUCUGGCCAAUCUGCGUAGCGUAAGCGGCUCCUGACAUUAUAUCACCCUACACAACAGAACUGCGCUGUAGUGGAAACUUGGACAAACUGUACUAACAAAGGACGCUGUGUAUAAUGGAAAACAAAUAUUUUUCUGUAUAUGUGUAUUAUCAUGAAACUUGUUUUUUAUUCUGUAAUCUUGGCGUUA